UGCUUCAACUGUUGAGUUGAAGUUUCAAGGUUUUUUUUCUUCUUUUUAUUUUUUUUUCGAUUUUUUCGAAUUCGAAUUUUUAUUUUUAAAGAUGCCGGAAGAGACGACGUCCAUAGAUUACGUCAUGGAGAAGGCAUCGGGGCCACACUUCUCCGGCCUCCGCAAUCCGACCGCCUCGUCCGCCUCCUCCUCCGCCUUCGCAGACGCCAACGCUCCUCGUCAGCCCUUCGUCAUCGGGGUUUCUGGAGGUACAGCUUCUGGUAAAACGACAGUCUGUGACAUGAUCAUCCAACAGCUUCACGAUCACCGCGUUGUUCUUGUCAAUCAGGAUUCAUUUUACCGCGGCUUGACUACUGAAGAGCUGAAACGCGUGCACGAGUAUAAUUUUGAUCAUCCCGAUGCUUUUGAUACUGAGCAGCUUCUGGAUUGUAUUCAGAAGCUUAAAAGUGGGCACUCUGUUCAGGUCCCAAUCUAUGAUUUUAAGCAUCAUCGUCGAUCUUCAGAUAGUUUUCGACAGGUGAAUGCUUCUGAUGUCAUUAUUUUGGAAGGAAUUCUUGUUUUCCAUGAUCAGCGUGUCAGGAACCUUAUGAAUCUGAAGAUUUUUGUUGACACAGAUGCUGAUGUGAGGCUUGCUCGUAGAAUAAGACGAGAUACAGUUGAGAGGGGAAGGGAUGUAAACUCUGUUCUUGAACAAUAUGCCAAGUUUGUCAAGCCUGCAUUUGAUGAUUUUGUUCUGCCAUCAAAGAAGUAUGCUGAUGUCAUCAUCCCCCGUGGAGGUGAUAAUCAUGUUGCCAUUGAUUUGAUUGUGCAACAUAUCCACACUAAGCUUGGUCAGCAUGAUCUAUGCAAAAUUUAUCCUAAUGUGUAUGUAAUUCAGUCAACAUUUCAGAUUAGAGGAAUGCAUACUCUGAUUCGAGACCGGGAGAUUUCUAAGCAUGAUUUUGUCUUCUAUUCAGAUCGUCUUAUUCGUCUGGUGGUGGAGCAUGGUCUUGGGCAUUUGCCGUUCACUGAGAAGCAAGUAGUAACUCCUACAGCAUCAGUAUAUACUGGGGUUGAUUUUUGCAAAAAGUUGUGUGGCGUUUCCAUUGUUCGAAGUGGUGAAAGCAUGGAAAAUGCAUUACGUGCAUGUUGCAAAGGAAUUAAAAUUGGAAAAAUUCUGAUUCACCGUGAUGGGGAUAAUGGGAAACAGUUAAUAUAUGAGAAACUUCCCAAGGACAUUUCAGAACGGCAUGUCCUGCUUCUGGAUCCAGUUCUUGCUACAGGGAACUCUGCUAACCACGCCAUUGAACUACUCAUACAGAAGGGAGUUCCAGAAUCUCACAUCAUAUUCCUAAACCUCAUCUCUGCACCUGAAGGAAUCCAUUGUGUUUGCAAACGUUUUCCAUCCUUGAAAAUUGUCACUUCAGAAAUUGAUGUUGCAUUAAAUGAGGAGUUCCGUGUCAUACCUGGCAUGGGUGAGUUUGGUGAUCGUUACUUUGGCACUGAUGACUGAUCCACCAUGGUUGACAGGUAGCAAUUGUAACCAGUAUCAGAUGGACCAGUUGCUUGAAUAAGUAAUAUUCCGAAAUACAUAUGUGUGAUCAGCUUAACCAUUAUAUAGAAGCUACCGGCUAGGCUCAUUGGACUUCAUCAACAUUAUUGUGACAAAAGUCGAGAGAUGAUUCCGGUAUCAUUUAUUUUUGUUUCAUGUUGCCUUAAUUGCUCCAUGCAUGAGCAUGAUGAGCUUGCGGAUGGAAAAAAAUACUUGAACAGCGUGAAGUCAUUGGUGUUUGGUAAACGCCAUAAAAACAUAAUGAAUACCAAAGUAUAUGCAGUUGAUUUAAGACAUUUCCAGCUAAUUGUUGUUCUUUCAA